UUAAACCGACAAUCAGACCGACAUCUUCUUUGGUCAAUGAGAAUUACAAUUACUGCGAAUGCGUUAAUGUUGUAAAUUUCGCAUUUGCUUUUAUCUCUUUCAACGGUGAGCUUCAUCUUAGCUAAUUUUUUUUGCUCUUCACUUCAUCUCUCUCAGUUUCUUUUCUCUCUUUCUCUUUGUGGUUGUUUUUUCUAUUCAAUAAAAUCUUUUGCUACUUAAUUCCAUCGAAACAUUUCAAUUAGAGAAUUUAUUGAAAAUUCUGUUCCCAUCAUGUUAUCGAUAAUUCAAUCUUGGAAUCUAGUCUAUUUCUUUUUUAUGUUUGCCUGUUUAUCAUCUUUCUCUAAUUGCUUGAAAAUAAUUCCAGAAGGAACUCAAGAAGUGAGAUGGGUCAAUGAAAGUUUCGUGUUGACAUGUUUCGAGGAAGGAGACAUGACCGAUCGAAAACUGGAAUGGACUCAAAGUGGAAUAGCUGAUCCAAGUUUCGUAUUGCAACAAGAAAAUCAUGGUCAUCAACUUCGAUUGUUGGUCUACUUCGCAAAGAAGCACAAUGCUGGUGAAUAUACGUGUGUUCUUAAAGACACUCGAUCCAAUCAAGUAAUUGAAUUUAAGUCGAUAACCAUGAAUAUUUUUGACAGGAUUCAUUUUAUUGGUCAACAAAAUCGAGAAGUGAGAGAGAAUCAAAAUGCUGAACUAGUCUGUAAAUUCAGUUACGAUGAGCAGCUUAAAGUUUCCGUAUCAUGGAAUGGGCGAAAUGGAAUUGAACAACUCAAUGGGUCAACUAAUAAGUACAGAAUAAAUAAUAUUGAAGGACGUCCAUACACAUCGAUAUUGACCAUUUCUCAGGUCAAAAAGGAAGACGCUGGUUCGUAUACCUGUCAAGUUCUGGUCAACUCUUUGCGUAAAACUGACAUCAAAUUUUUCGCACUUGGUUUAAAUGUCGUCUAUGGACCUAAAUUUCAUAAAAAUGAAUCGGAUACCGGAUGGAUUGAUGAGAAAAAGUUCUUGAGUCGUGAAGGUCGAGAUAAACCUGUAACAUUGCGAUGUGUCGUUGAUGCAAAUCCGAAAGCUCGAAUCGCUUGGCAAUUAGCAAGUAAUCGAGCUCUUUCCAAUGAUUCAAUCAAUUACACUCAUGUUAUCAAGGAAGGAGAUAAUUUCAGUGAAUUGAAACUCUUUUACAAAACACCAACGGCAACCAGCAAGAAUCGGCCCAUUAAGGAUAAGACAAUCACACCCAAUGAAUUUCGUUGUGAUGCUUCAAAUCUAUACGGUGAAGAUUCCCGUCGAUAUUAUGUGAAAAUUAGUAAACUUCCCAAAAUGCCUGAUAUAUUGGAUUACACAAUUGCUAAUAAUCUGUUGACCUUAACAAUCAAAGAUCAGAAAAUAACUCCUCCAGUUGAUAAAUAUCGAGUUCGUAUUCACAAUAAAGACUUUGAAUUCAAUGCAAAUCAUGAUAACAAUCAAACUUACACCGUUCAAAUUGAUAAAGUUCCCGGUGGUGACCACUCAUUCCUCUUCUUUGCCCAUAAUCCCGUUGGUUGGUCCGAACCAUUGGCCGAUGAAGCGAUGAAACUUUCGAUUAACCUUUCAAGUUCAUUAUCUCCUCUUAUUCAUCUUUUAAUUUUACUUUUUGCAAUCUCCAUUUCGACUCGUGUUUUUAUCUCAGUAUGAUUUAAUUGAAACCAAUUCGCUUAAUCAACCAAAUUAACUAAUUCCACCAAGAUAGAUUUCCAACUCAUUCCAACCAGUUAUUUAUAACGAUUUAUGUAAAUGUUCAUCAUCUCUAUUGUCAGAAGAAAAGAAACUAUUACCAUGAAAAGAUUUACUAUAUUCUCUUCAUCUUCACCAAAGGAUUGGAAAAUUUCAUUCUAUUCCUGAUUCCGAUUCAAUUUCCAUUCUCUCUCUCUCUCUUUCUCUCUCCUGUUUUCAUGAAUUCAAAUCAUCGACAAAACAUCUAAAAGGUACAACCAUUACCAUGGCAUGGACAUCAUUCUCACCUUCAUUGACAUCAUCCAACAUCUUCAUCUUCAUCUACACCAUCUCAUCACCAUUUUGGCUUCUAAUCAACCACGAACAUUAAUAUGUUCAGCUCUCUAUCGUUUAUUGUCUCAUCUUGUCUCUUUAAUUUUGGAAAUUAAUCGUACCCUGUGCCCGAAAAAAAAACUAACAAUUACAAAGAACCAAAGAGUCACAUUCGUUUCUUCAAGUUUUAAAAUUAUUGGAAGAAAAUUAACUCAAUUGUAUCAAUAAUUGUAUCCGUCUUGAUGUGUCCAUGUUCAUGUUAAUGGAGUUUAAUGUCAUUCCAAGAAAGCGAAAAUUAAUCCCAAAGACAAUUUAUUUUCAAUCUCUAACUUCAAAAUACUAAUAAUUGAAUCAAACAAAACCCCCAAAUGAGCUCGAUUUCAGAAAGAAAUAACCAAUAAUCAAAGCAUAAUGAAUUUUGAUCCUUCCAACCUCAGUUCCAACUCAAGUUCAUAUUCAUUCAUCUUCCAGUAUCACCAUAUAAAUGACAGAUUAGGAUAAACACGAAAACAACAGAACCAGAAUCAAGAAAAAAACCAAAAAACCAACUCGAAGCGAUCGCUCAACCAAUUUGUUGACAAAAGGAAACUUAAAUUGUCAUCAUUGGAUUUUGUCAAUUGGAAACCGAAUCUCAAUUCACAAUCAACAUACUAAGACACCUUAUUCCAACCAAAUCAGCUGAUAAAUAUCGUCAUGUCACCAAUCGUUGGACCAACAAGGAGAUAUAUAUACACAAUAUAAGCAAUAAUUGAUUGAAUUUGAGCUAAAAUUUCAACCUGAUGAAGAAUCAGCAAAGUCAAAUACCCAACACAAAAAAUAUAUACUUACAAGUUGAAUAUUCAUCAGCAUUCAACAAGUCAACAGAAUUAAAAAUCUAUGCAGUUGAUUAGCUCAAAGAAAACUGACCAAGUUGAUAGAGAAGAAAAAAGUUCAGUGUUAUCGUCCAAAAGGUGAACAACAUGGGAAGAGAUUGACUGUUAUCAAAAUCUUAGAGAACUCACUGAACUCCAGAUCUUUUGCCUUUACUAGUCUGUCAUUUUCUUUUGAUACAUAAAACAAAUUGAGAAAAAUGAAAUUAUAAUACUAAAGAAUAAGCUAAUUAAUAUGAUUUAAUUGUAAAGAACAUAAUUUUAAUUCCUUUCGCAUUUUAUAUUAAUGUUAUUUCUCAAUGUUUUUCCUUUGUUUUUCUCUUUCUUUCCUUCUUUCUUUUCAGCCUCAUUGUUUUUCGUUUUCUUUUUCAAAAGUUCAGUUCCAUUCAAAGUUCUGAUGUGGUUUCCUCUUUUUUUUUCACCCAAAUGUUAUAAAAACCAAGAAAUUAACACCAGAACAGAAGCCAAAUUAACAUGAUGCUGAUUCGAGUGCGUGUAAUCCUCUUAAUUUUUAAACAAAAAGAUAAAAAAAAUUAAACUAAAAAUGAAUAAUAAAAUCAGUGAAAAAUUAA